AUGAUUUGGUUCAACGUCUAGUUUCCUCAUUCGAGGAAAAGGAUCCGUAGCCUAUCUAACAUGUAUCUCUCUGUAUUUCUUCAUGCUCUGUAUUUUCUUAAUUAUUGGUUCGUAGCCCUACAAGGGUCAGAACUUAAUUUGUCUACUGUUUUUUUGCUCAAGGGAAAUGAUUUAUUCAUGGAAUUACAAACGCAGAAACCCGCCGGUCAGUUAACAUGGCAAUUUAAAAAAAUAAGAAUAUUAAGACAUAAUCCCAAAGGGGAUACACAAAAUUUCUAUGGCACAAGGGCAGAGUUUUCAAAAAAUAAUUAUUCAUUGCAAAUAAAAAAUGUAGGAUUGAAUGACAGUGGACUUUACAAAGCAUUAGAUAGUAGUGGUCAAAAAGAUGAAGUUAUUGCUGGAUACCACGUCACAGUUCAAGAACAGGUAUCACCAGGGGUCCUUAAUGUGUCGUCUGUGUCUCCCAGUCCUGAAUCCUGUAAAGUGACCGUGACCUGUAGCAUUCAGAGCUCCUCCUUAAACUCCACCUUCACGUGCAACAAUCAAACCUGCUCUGGGGAUGGAGGAGACCCAGCAGAGGUUGUGACCUCCGAUGCCUCGCUCAACCUCUACCUGUCAAAUGGUUUGAUCGCCAUCUGUAACCAUAGCAACAAAGUGAGCUGGUCAAACGACACGAUGGAGAUUAAACCUCUGUGUUUUGAAGAUUAUGGUAGGAAUGCCACCAGCAGCCCAAGCGUUCCAUUAAUUAUCAUCUCAAGCUGUCUAGUGGGCUUCAUCAUGGCCAUGUGCAUUCUGGGAAUUUGUUAUUACAAAUGGAGGAAAAAUAACCACCCUACCGAUAACCGGGAAACCCAUUCUCCUGGUAGCGAAGACCAGAGUCCAAACUGUGACCAGUCUCCCACCGUCUACAGUAUGUUAGGACACCCUUCUCUCCCUUUAGAAUGCAUUCCCCUUCAACCAGCCUCACCCGAAAGUAUUUAUGCCGAGGUUGACAAUCACGGAGGUGCUUAGAAGGUUGCAGGUUCUAUCAGGGGCGAAGCACCAAAUUUAGCUGUUUGCUUAUUCUAGGCCCUAUAUACAAGAAGUCCUGAUGCUUUCUGAGCCGCUACUAAGCCUAGUCGACGCUGAUUGGAUACGGUUGAGGCGGGAUAUGACGUGAGUACGACGUAUGAUUAAUGGUGCGUUCACGGUCCUGGUGACAACGAGACGCCUUGUCAGUGAUAACGAGACGCCACAAUCAUGACCCUCACGCCUACUUACGCGUCUUGCCGAUACCGCCGUUCAUGUGCACUGCGUUGGGAAUCUAAAAGUUCUUCACAGCAGGUUUUUUAUAUCUGAUAAAAACCUGUCUCAGUAGAAUCAGUUUCAAGUUCGAACGCCUUUAUUUCUUUGUAGCCUAUCACCUACUACCCGUUUCCUUUAAUUUAUGGGAUGCACAUUGUAUAUUGCCGCUGAAUGGAAGGCUACACUUCCCCUUAUCUAGAGCUGGUUUACCAGAAUACAUCGUUGAAACCGAGCAAAGUUGAUGCCAACAGACCUUACAAAGUCAAUCGAUAGUAAAGUAUGCGGUAUGAUAGUUGAUUCUUUUAUAUUGUGUAAAACGUUCAUGUUCAGCCAUGUUAAUGCGCGUCACUAUUAAACUAUACGUCACCAACUGGGCAACUCUGUUAUCAGAAUCGGGCCCCAGUUGCCGAAAGGAAGUAGAAUCAUAAGCGCGCCAUGAGGUGUCGUUCACGAGAACUUUCCGACAUCGCAAAAAUGUUUUUGCCAUUUUUCCAGCGAUGUGAACGCGGCACAUGGCGGGAUAUGGGUCUUUUGAGCGUCGCGUCACUGACGUCACGGUCAAAAAUGUCGCUAAAUAAUUGCGUAAGACAAAAAGUGUUGCAGAACUAAUUAUGUCGCAUUUGAACCUUGUUGGUUAGUCGCUACAAAUGCCGCCUUCAAAGCAGCUCGGAGGUUCGGAAGCUCUUACGUGUCUUUACGUAAACCUUCACUUCUUCCGAAAUAAGUGUUCAGGAAACGCCCCUCAGAAGUUCGUAGGCUAUGACAUUAACCCGGAAAAACUGAUCGUUCGUAAGACUAGACCAGGCCCCCAGGAACAAUGCAUGCUUCCGCAAACCACCAGUGCUCAGCGGCCAAGCCUGGAUUGCACCCGUUUUAGCGGGCUGUGGACGGGUCCGUCAAUUCAUGGAGUCCCAGAAGUAGAUAUCGCCUUUCACUCCAAUACAAGUGGGGAACAGGAAUGUGUCUUCGCAAAAAAUGUCUGGAUAUCAAUCAAAGGCUCCUAAUUAUAUUUAUACCAUGUUCUAAAAAAAAUUACGUUUUCUCUUUUCAAAACGCCUCCUCAAGCGUUUUAUUAGCAGUUUUAUGCAUUUAUUUUUUGCUGUAGAAGGAGGGGUGGGCAGCUGAAAGGAGUCGUAGUGAAACAAACGGCUCAGUGCCAUGGACCUAUUAAAGGAGUGCACGGCUCUAUUAACUUCUCGUGUCCGAGGUUUUUCCAUUUACUUAACACGAAUGGCGUUGAACACGGAUAUACAAAACAAACAUAUCAUUGAAAUAGCUGUUACAGGCACUGACGUAUUGAUUACCUGAAUGAUUAUGGGAGACCUAAUCUUCAUAAUAUUGUUAAUAGUCUAAUAUUAGAUUUCAGUUGCGAUUGUAUUUCAUUUUCAUUUGCUUGUUUAGCUAUGUAUGACAGUUAACAAUGUUGGUGUGUUACAAUCAUUAUUACAAUUCAUUAUUUGGGUAGGCUACUCCCAAUAUGUAACCAUUUACUUUUACAUCAAUUAUUGAUUGCAUUUUUCAUAAAUAGUUAGUAGGAAGGAAUCUGUUUCUUAAGCAAUAAAAUUGAACUGUAUUUUUCUAGGCCUACAUACGUUUACUACGUUGUUGGUGUUAUAUGUUAGAUGGAGCAAUCUUAUGAAGUUCCCAGACCAAUAAAGUUCUAUCUCUUUUUAUUUGAACUGCCUGUAUGUCCUCUUGAUUAUAGUAUUACAGGGUUAGGGUUAGGUUUUUCAGUUAUUUGUUAUACUACGUAUGUAGACAUCUUUAAUCUUAUUUACAGACAGUAGGCCUGAUUUCCUCUGAAUAUUGAAAUAAAAGGAGUAAUUCAGAUCUGAUGGGUCUGUGUAUAUAUUUGGUCAUUCGAUUCUCGCUUUCAGAAAGAGUUGUAAUUAAGAUUUUUGUUUUAAAAUACAAAAAUGAAAAUGUAUAUACAAGUUGUUUUACUUUAUAAGGUCAAAAAUUGACUAAUCUAAACUAAUCUAAAAGAAUAAUAUAAAUUAUAUAUUUUUGUACUAUUGUUAAAUAAUAAUUGUCGCCCAGAUGGCAGGAGGAAUGUAAUUUAAAGAUCACAUAUAGAGAAUCAUUGGGGGGGUUAACAACUUACACUUCCAUGGUCGGUAAACAAUGCGAGUGUGCUCGUUCGUGAUGCUACAAUGCUAACAAUGCUAGAAAACGAGAAUAUUUCUGCAUCCGGUACGUCACGGACUAGGACAUUUUUGCUGUCGUCGGCCCAAAUCUCAAGUAAACACUCAACGUCACUAUCGCACCAACGUAAACCCACACGUGGACCGCUUGCUGCCAUUGUUUAAAAUGAUUGUUGUGGGGAAGAAGGGCAUGGACCUAUAAAGAAAGAAGGGUCGCGCAAGGACUACGUCAUCCAGCUCACGUUGCGUAUCCGCGCGUGUGCGAGUGUCAUCUCAUUUGCAUCUGUACUUUGGCCACGGCACACCUCGCCCAAGUGUGCCGUGGCCAAGGGGCUGUUCCGUGCUGGAAUACGGAUGGCGUGGUCACACUAGCAAAGCGGUCGGCAACCCUAGGCACGCGUGCCACCACUGGCACGGGGCAGCAUAAUCACAGCACAAUGCGGCAGCAUAAUCAUUACUACCGAUUUUGUUUCGCACUUUAUUCUGUUUUGGGCAUUUCCUCCCAGUGCAAAUAUGUUUCAAUUAGUUACAGUAAGUAGUGUUCUGAAACUGGAUCAAUUAAUCCUUUUUAAACCUAUGUUGUGAUUAAUAGAGAAGAAAAUAUUUUAAAUAUUGUUGCAAGUGGCCUGUAUGCAUCGCCUUCACAUGGUUUUGCAAAACUGUACAUGUCUUAAAGAUAUUGAUUUGGAUGGUUCCAGCAUUCUCAUAUUCUGUUUUUUUUUUGUUUCUCACAGUGCAAAUAUGUUUUUGAAUAAGUUUCAGAAAAGGGUGUUUCAAGAUGGAACAUUAUCAUUUGUAAACCUUUGUUGCAAAUAUAACAACCAAAAACAUAUUUAAAAUGUUGAUGCAUGAUUGUGGACUAUAUGGAAAUAAUACAAUUCCAGUUCUUCUGGAAAUGUUUUUGGUCGCUGUGUCAUAUUUCAGCUUAAUUUUUUAUAUAUUGUUGCUUAAGGCACACUCAUUAACGAGAAAAUGUCAAACUGGCACUGCAUGUUGAAAAGGUUGCUGACCCCUGCACUAGCCAAACGUUCUAGACUUUAGUAUGCAACUAAGCUCGGGCACGGAGCCGUGGCCCUAGUGUGAAAAAAUAAAUAAAAUGACUUCCUCAUUUUUUGUAAAGGCCUGUCAGUGUUUCUGCUUUUUUCUCAUCAAACAGCAACAACGUUAGAACUUUUUUCUUAGUUCUGUUCUUAUG